CAUAGCCUUGCCUGUGAUUCAGCGAGGAAAAUGUUAUCACGCUAAAUGCGUAAACAGAAAAUGUUCCAAGGCUCCCCUUUGGGAAAUAGAACACAAACACAUAAAAGCCCACUGUACUUGAGGUGACUGGAGAGCAGUUCACAGCAUAUAAAACGAAGUCACAUUUGAUCGAGAAAUGACAGCAGCAGUUUCACUACGAACCACAGGUAAACACAUUGCAAUUUGUUUCCCUUAGCUAAGUAUGAGAUCAUUUGUCUGACCACUUCAAAGUCUAUGGUGAAACACAAUGUAUUCAUUGUGUUAAUAUUUAGCUGUAUGUUAUCACCUAAUACCGCAUGCUUUACAUACACAGCUUAUAUAAGAUACCACAUAAACGCUUUAUGAAAAUAGUCUUGUUCUUGGUACUGAUGCUAUUAAAUAUGUUAUAAUAGAUUGGAUGCUGUUGAGGAAUGGCAUUUCUGUUCACUUUGCUUUUAUUUUAGUUACCCUAUUCACUACAGUCAUUUUGGGAAUGUAAAACACUUUAUAAUGUAGUUGCAAUUGUUUAUAGUUAAAAAUAGUGUCAAUAAAUAGAUUAGUAUAGGUAGUAAUAGGUUCAGUUCCAAAUGUUGCAACCAUACUAAUGGAACUUUAGUAUAUAUUGUGAAAUGUAUGUGUUUUUAUUCCAUGGAACUGAUCAAAUACUGUUCAUUUAAAUUAUGAUACUUCUAUAACAGAAGCGAAGGUAGAUUCUGUAACAUUAUUAAUGUCAUGUCGAAUAUAUUGCUUACAGGUUGACUUAUGAUACCACCGUAAAUGUAUGGACUAAUCUGUUUUUUGUGUCAAUUUUCAUAAACACAGUCCUAACGAGUGAAGGUGAUGCUGUGUUUACAAUGUGCUAAUAGUGUUGUGGUGGCUAAAAAUAAAGAUUUCAACAGGGUUCAUGAACUGUGUUACCUCAUUGGUCAAAACACCUGAAAACAUUGACAAACAACAGCCAGCAGGUUGUCCUUAACCAAAACAUAUCACCACAGAGAAUUGCCUCAGAAUCCUCCCUCAAUGUCAUCAUACAUUUAAAAGAUUCCAACCAGUGUCGCGCAUAUACACAUAAUGCCAUGAUUUUGCACACCCCGAGGCUGCAUGUAAAUUCCACACAGUUGGGUACUGUUUAGCAUUGGAGUUAUUAGUUUGAAUGUUAACAGUUGUGCUGUGUUUUAGACAUUUUUAAUUUUGUUCCAGUUCCCCAAACAUUACUGUCUUAUGAAUCAGCCCUUCCUCUGAUGUAAUUAUGCAAAUAAUGAAACAAGCAUCCAAACUGUUACUCUGUGCAUGUAAAAACAAAAACAAAACAUAAAAAUCUCAAAUACUUCUGUUUAUGUUUGUUGCGAUUUAACAGUGCCAUCGCUCAAUAAAUUUGGACUUCAUCAAAGAGACAACAUGUGUUGCUUGAUUAAAUUACUUCUUUGUUGUCAUAGUGAUACAAUUGUGGUCGACCAUGUGUCUUAGUUUUUAGUGAUCUGUUUCAUACAGGAUGGGUGUGGGGCAAACACCACAGAGUUUACAACUUCUGCAGAAUUGUAAGAGCAGAUUCAAACACCAAGUUGCUGUGAGUUAACAAAACAUAACAAAAGGGAAAUGCCUUACAGCCAUUUGAGCAAACAGAUUAUCUGUCAGAUUUAGCUCACUGAGGAUCACAAGUCAAUUUCUUUAGUAGUCAUUUUUUUGUGAUAUUGUCAUAAACGGACAGCUACAGUAUUAGUGAUGAUAAAUGGUUGGUAUAACAAUAAUUGUCGUCAAUACUAUCAGUAUGAAAUAGCAAAAAUGAAAACUUUUUUGCUGAGUGUAAGCCUAAUGGAGUCAUAUAGUGACUGAACAGCAGUGGUCCCAGGACAGAUCCUUGGGGAACUCCACAGACAUUUACCAAUUUCAACAAAGUAUUCCUGACCUUAAGACAUGAACAAGGACUUGAACAAGUUUAGAGCAGUACCAAAAAAUCCCAGCCAAUAUUCUAACCUCCGUAAUGAGAUCACAUGGUCAAUGAUGUCAAAGGCAUCACUGAGGUAAUGCAGGGGACAGGUUUGCUUGCACCUGCGUCCAGGCAGAUCGCAUUCAUCUCCUUAUCAUAGCGGCCUCUUCAGAUACCCAGACGACGCCUAAAAAUAAAACCAGUCUGCUGUUAUUUACGUUUAUUCCAUGCUGAACUUUCUCACUCACAGAUUUUCCACCCAAUGUAAAGAAAGAGGAAGUAAUAUAGUGCUGAAAGCCCCACACAGUACAACGCACUCCUCAGAGUGAAGAGAAAGGGAAGUGUAAGAAGAGCAGAGGUCUCGAAAAAGAAAAGAAAAAUUUAAUCCAUAAUUGUCUUCUCCACUGAGCCAUCUCAAGAUGACCCACGGCUGCCUCAAGUGUUUGAAGUACACCAUGUGUGUCGCCAACUUCCUUUGUUUUUUGUCUGGCGUGGCCGUGCUGGGCUUUGGUGUGUACAUGAUGGUGAACUUCAAACUGACAGCACUUACACCUUCUUUGGACAAGUUCAAUUUAGCCAGCAUGUUGCUGAUCAGCGGUUUCAUCAUCUCGUGUGUUUCCUUCCUGGGUUUCCUGGGAGCUCUAAAAGAGAACCGCUGCCUCCUGCUGACGUUCUUCCUCAUGCUCUUCUUUUUGCUGCUGGUGGAACUGACUGCUGCCUGCUUGCUUCUCCUGUAUGAAAAAGAUAUUUCCGAUUGGGUGGAGAAGGAUCUGAAUGAUGGUUUGAAGAAAGCAAAUGGGGAAAAUUCAACGGACUUCUACAGUGAGUGGGAUCUAGUUCAGAAAACGUUUGAUUGCUGUGGAGUACACAAUGCAUCAGACUGGGGAAGCAAAGCGCCUGGUUCUUGCACUGACAAAGUGACCGAACAGUUGAGAUCAACGGGCUGCCUGGACAAGCUUCAGAAAUGGUUUGAAGAGAAUUUUCUAAGCACUGGGAUUUCCGUUAUUGUUCUCUGCAUUAUUGAGGUAUUAGGGAUGUGUUUCGCCAUGACACUGUUCUGCCACAUCAGCAGAUCUGGACUGGGAUACAAGUUAUAGAAGAGACAGAUUGUGUUCAUUAAAACUCUGAUGACCUGGCUGAACAAUAUAUAUUUAACUCUGACAUAUUUCAUCCAUUAACUGUGUGUAAUUGUGGAGCAUGACAGACAAUCUUAGAUCACGAGUUAAAAUAUGGAAUAAACCAAAGAGAAUAAAAGAAGAAACACAAGUAUAUAUAUAUUUUUUAUUUUAAGAAUAAAUCCUUGAAAAACCCUAAGAUUUCCAAUACAAUUUUAAAUAUUUUGUUCUUUUUAAAACCAUCACACAAAAAUAUUUUUUUUGCAAUUUAAAAAAAACAACAACAAUGAAAACAAAUGUAUCUGUACACAGCAGAACAUACUAUUUAUUGCUAAGUGAACACCGCGGUCACCCAAAAUCUUGAGUAUUGCAAUUCACCUACAGGUAUGAGGGGAAUUAAUUUUGAUACAACCCUCCUUUUCCCUUGCACUCUAUUGUUUUCCCACAGUGGACAUGGACAUAAAAUAGUCCCCUACUGAAUAGAAAAACUUUCAAAUUUCAUAUGAAACCUCGACUGUUAUAGUAUUGUUCAUUUCUCAUUCUAGAAAUUUUCAAAAAUAGCCAUUUGCUUUCUUACCAUUGCCGACAAACAUAACACUUCUACAGUCUUUCAAAAAUGAUGCCAUUAAUGAAAUCUAGUGAAUAGUCACAAACAAGUCAGGUUUAUUUUGAGCUUAAGAUGUUUGAGAGCAAAUGCCCAAGCAAGAGACAGAUUUCAAAUUAAUAGUAGGAGCGGACAGUACCAAGUGUCUUAAAGAAUAUUCUUGUGUGAUAAGGCUGCAAAGAGUAGCCUAAAUUAUUGGUACCCUUCCAUUAAAUAAAGAAAUAACCACAAAAGUCAAUAAAAUACUUCAGUAACUUAAAUUAAAACCCCAGGAAUUGCUUCAUGCAGUUGAAGAAGUUUUUGGGGGAAACACUAAAACAUUGUUGUACUCUUUAAAAAGGGGUUACUCAUCCCACACUCAUCUCAAGGGGUAACUUCAUUGUAAAAUGUCUAUUUACACUAGUUGAAAGUACAGUGGUCAUUCAAAUAGUGUGUGUAUGUGUUUUUAACAUUGAUGAUCAACUUUAAAGUGAUUUUUAAAAAUCUUAUUUAAGUUGGGCUUUUUUUUUUUUUUUUUUUUUUAAUACAUAAAAUGGUACUAAUUUAGUCUGUGUUUAUAUUUAGUUUACCUAAAGCGCUGCAUGCAUAACACAGCAACUUCCAAGUGAUUAAUACAUAAAAGACUGUAUCUCCAAACCCUAGUAAAAAAAAAAAAAAAAAAAAAAAAACAGCUAAACAAAUUAAAUGUCAUUUACCAACCAUGACUCCCCCUAUUUGCGUGGCAUGAGUAAGAACAUAGGAUACCCAGCCCCUAAUUGCAUUGAAAUACAAUGUAGUUACAAAUGUCUGCUCUAAUGUAAUAUGGUUCAAUGUCAUGGUUAAACAAUUGUUUAUUGCUAUCUUGUUGUAUGCCCAGCUAUGAAACUGCUAUUACCACUACUAUUAAAAUGUUAGAAUCCAAAGCUAAAGCCAUGAACAAACCAAUUACCAAUAAAACACUGCUCUGUUCAUCCUAUUUUCACAUUUUCCUGCAAGAUGAAGAGCAUGUAAAAUACGUACACUGUUGUCACAAGAGGAAAUGGGGAACCUAAAUUGCAGGCUUCAUGAGCGCAUUCAAACACCACCAAACUUUGGUUCACAAGUGUCAAACUUAGGGGCUGGGGACAGAUCCGGGCCACCAAGUCAUUUCAUGUGGUCUGCUUAAUAAAAUGAUGUGCAUUCACUUCAUGUUAGUGGGAGAAUCGGUACCAAAUUGUCUUCAUUAGCAACCCUUUUAGAGCACACAAUUUUACAAAGGGGCCAUUAACUACUAAUAUGAUCAAAAAUCAUAAAGGGAUCUUCUGUCCACUUACAUCGGCAGUUUCCCCAGAGUGUACUCUCGUCAAAGCUACCUAGUGACUUCGCACAGGAUAAGUGUGAAUUAAAAAAUAGACCAAUGUUCAUCAGUUUUCAAACUAAUGACACAACCUACCGAGUUUUUAGCAAAUGCGGUCGUCUUCAAUCUCUGUCACACUAAAGCCAAACUGGCUAUUGGAAUGCAAAGAUAAAGGAGAUUGAAUCAAAUACCUAAUGGUUAGACUGCAGGAAUAUCUGAUUCCAGAUUCCUCCUCAAAUCUGAUUUUUAUGGCUUACUGUACACACAAUUUUUAGCAAGUGCCCAAAUCAGAUCUGGGCCUGUUCAGACUUGGCCUCAUAAUUGACACACCUUUCAGGCUGAUGUGGCAAAGAAGAUGUCAUCCAGCAUAGAGUGACAUCACAAUCAGUCAAAACCCAACUGAGCUGUUCAGAUCGAGAAGCAGCUUGUCCAUUUCCAAUAUGAAACUACCUCCCGUAUGUGGUUUCAAUCAGUCUCACAAAAAUCAGAUUCCUGUGCCGUUUGCCUGUGCAGACUACAAAACAGCCAUCCAGUUUUAACAUGGAUGGGCUAAAAAUAAGAUUUUCAUUGCCUGUCUAAACAAGCCCUAAAUCAUAAGAGGGACAUAAGAUGGUUGUACAAACAGAGAGGGGUGGUAUGGACGGACAAAGGGUGUAGAAAAUCAGUCGUGUGGAAAAGGAUUUCAGAAUUAUUUUUUGUGUAUUCAAUGUUUCACUUACACAAGCACAACCUCUAGGCUAGGGAACAUUCUGGCAAGCUGUACAUAUCUAAUUUCCUCCUCUCGAGUUAACACUUCCAACUAAAGAUCAUCAAAUGAGUAAGCCAUAGUCUCCCCUUUCCAAGUGAGUCUGAAGAAUUAAGUCAUGUUAGUUUGAGCUACUUUUAGGACCAGCUCCCGUGUUUAACAUUCAUUUAAUAUAUUACUUGAUCAUUAAUGAAUAACAAUAAUUCCUCUCAAACAAUACUCAAGCACAAGGGAAAACAGGUGAAGUUGUCAUUGUCUAGAAAUUUACCAGUACUUAAAGGGGAACUCGGACUUAAAAGACUUAUAGGCUCUAAUAAGCCACAAUUGUUCUCUUUUACUAAAAUACGUCAUUAGAAACGCAUAAAAUAUUGCCAUUGAUUUAAAAAUCUAUAAUAUUUAGUAUAUGUUUUGACCUAUGGAGGGCGCCAUGUUUUAUGCGCGCAAUGGAGGCUCGGGGUGAUGCCGUAGAUCUGGGGUGGGCAAACCGGUCCUCAAGGGCCGCAGUAGGUCCUGGUCUUUGUUCCAACUGUCCCAGCACAGAUAGUUUAACCAAUAAGGUUUCCGCAGAAAUGAGAAGCACCUGACUGCAAUCAACUGACUGCACUUGUAAAACAACAGAUUGGUGAAAAUGUGUCCUCUUAAUGGGUUGCAACAAAAACCCACACCCACUACGGCCCUAUGUGGAAUAGUUUGCCCACCCCUGCUGUAGAUUGUCACUGUCACGAGACUAGACAAACACUUCUGGGUUACUCAAAUUCAUUCUAUGCGGCGAGACGUCCUACACAUGCCCACAUUGGUUAAAAGCAGUGAGUAAUUACUAUUUGUGUUUUUAUUGAGUCUUUUAUUACCAUUUCAUUGCCUAAAAAUACUUUUUGCAUGUUUUUCCUUUUCAUAUUUUAAAGCAUUGCGUUUUCUUGUGGUAGCUUUAAAGCAGAUUGAUCUGUUGACCACAUUAGUCACGCAUCAUAUUUUAACUACCUUUAUUUAAUAUUACUACUUUUAAGUAUUUUCUUAAGGCGCUCUUUAGUAAGUUCUGUCUGUAUGCAUCUACACAAAACAAACUGAAAGCGCAUGGUAGUACUUUGGGUGUCAAAUUCGCCUCUUGUAGCACAUUUUGCCAGUGUAGCACAUUUUGGCAAAACACCGUUUUUUCCCCCUACUCUCGUCUCGUCUUUCCUGUUCAUUUUGCCUUUGCUGCUCAUUUUGUGACACAUCGACAGUGCUGUCAUGCUUAUUAAUGUUCCUCUCGCGUUCAAAUUGAAAAGGUUGAACAGAUGACAUGUUCAUGUUGCUAGUCAUACUCCGGAAGCCCAGCAACGUAACCAUGUGAUGUCACCGCCCUGCGCCGUCAACAACAAUGGCGACCUACUAGUUAAACUACUUUUACAAAUUGUAUAAAAACAUAGUUUGUAUAUAGAAACCCCUCUUUAACUCAUAAUAACGUCAUAAGAACUACAAGCCUUUCUAUCCGUGGAUCCCUUUAAUGCUUGCGGAAAAAGUUGUACUUUAAUUCUAAUACGAUAGGUAUUAUCUCAUGUUACAAAUGUAUACUGCAUAUAUAUAUGUGUAUAUAUAUAUAUAUUAGGGCUGUCAAAAUUAUCGCGUUAACGGGCGUUAAUUAAUUUUUUUAAUUAAUCACGUUAAAAUAUUUGACGCAAUUAACGCAGAUGUCCCGCUCAGACAGAUUUAAAUGACAGUACACGGAAACGCUCACUUGUUGUUAUGGAGUUUUGCCGCCCUCUGCUGGCGCUUGGGUGAAUGACCAUCUCGCAGAUUGCCUCAAACAGAUUACAUCAUAUGAGGCCGUUUAUGGACAUUAAGAGUGAAGAGAAUGCCACCGGCCGCUUGGGGGCAGCGCCGUUCCAUACUCAUGUUAUUUGUUCUAAACGUGGGAGAAUUAGUAGUUGAGAGACGUUUAUGCUGUAUUCACAAUGCAAUGCAAAUUGUUAUUUGUACUCCACACAUAUUUCGGUAAGUUUUCUUUCUUUUACUUGCAAUUAUGUGUCUCUUGUUGUAUUUUGGGUAAGAUAUGUACAAAUAUAUGUUAUACAGUAGAGGUGAGUGGACACAGGCAUUCUUUGGACGGCACCGUUUAUUGGCAACUCCUUCACAACAAACAUACAGUGGGGAGAACAAGUAUUUGAUACACUGCCCAUGGGAAAACCCACUGGCAGUGUAUCAAAUACUUGUUCUCCCCACUGUAAGUAUCGUUUAGUGAAAGCACAACAAAAAUAAUAUUCCUAUCUCUCCCCAAAAAAAUAAUGUUCACAAAAAGAAAAGCACUUCAGUCUAUAGUAAUGAGGCCCUAUUCUGACACACAGUUAAACAACAAUGAAAAAUGAACUGGAAUUCCAUAUCAAAAUAGCUAUGCAAAAUACAUGUAAAACUUUAUAACUUUUUUUAACUCUAUUUUUAUUAUUGUUAUUUUUAUUCCUCUUAUUAUUAUAUUAACUCUACUUUUGAUUGAAAAUUUUACAAAUUUUAUAAAAACGAAAACAUGAAGAGGGGUUUUACUAUAACUUGUAACAAUAACAUUUAUUGUUUAAGAACUACAAGUCUUUCUAUCCUUGGAUCACUUUAACAGAAAGAAUGUUAAUGCCAUUUGUGGAUUUAUUGUUACAAUAAACAAAUACAGUAUUUAUGUGCAGUAUGUUGUAUGUGUAUAUCCGUCGUGUGUCUUAUCUUUCCAUUCCAACAAUAAUUUACAGAAAAAUAUGGCAUAUUUUAGAGAUGGUUUGAAUUGCGAUUAAUUGCGAUUAAUUACGAUUAAUUAAUUUUUAAGCUGUAAUUAACUCGAUUAAAAAUUUUAAUCGUUUGACAGCCCUAAUAUAUAUAUAUAUAUAUAUAUAUAUAUAUCGUACUUUGUAACGCGCUGUCGCACCCCAGGCACAAAGUCAUUUUUCCCCCCUCUGUAACCAUGUAUAAUAGGCUCCAACAAUUUGCUGCCAUCAAUGCGCGCACUUCAUUAUUAUCACACAUUAUUAUUGGAAUUCAUUGUUUAUCAAAAGACACCAUUCUUUUUUUUUUAUAGUAGUUAAAUUUAACUCACAUUGCUGCGCAAAUAAAUAAAUAUUGGUGCGAUCAUUUUAUUUUCAGAGGGUGAAACACGAGUAGCAAUGUCGACAAAUUUGGUGAUGAUAGCAGUUUUCAGACAUUAAGCCGUUGCUGUAUUGCAGCAACUCUCAAAAUGUGCACACACAAAUUCACAUUGCAGAGCAAAAGUGUCUACUGUAUAGUAACAUUACGAAUCAUUUUGGAAUAAAAGUACACAUUUUUUACUGCUCAAAGUACCAGAUAACAUCUACGCUGUGCAAUGACAUUUUCUUAAUUCAUCUAUACUUUUGUAUUAUA